GGAAUGGUGUACUGAGGCUUACAGAAUGGAAGUGUUGGUUGAUGAAUUCACACGUCAUAGCAUCAAAUCACCUGAUACCACUUAUUCAAGAUAUAUGUUGACCCAUGAUAUCAACUUGGACAGUAUGAGUCUAGAUUCAACACAGGAGGUAGACUCCCAGCAUGCAAAUCUGCAGUACAAUGGUAACCCAGGGGGCCAAUUGCGGGAAGACUACCUUGGAAAUAUAACCAAUACAGCUCUAAGUUUACUAGAUGUAGAGCAAACUACAAAUGAUGAAAAAGUUCAGAAAAAUAUUGAUUAUAUUCGUGAUAAAUGGAAUGGGGAUGUAACAACUUAUAGCAGUCCUAAGAAACAACGAAACUCUGAAUUUGGAAAGUUACAUCAGAAUGGUAACUCAAGUACUCAUUCUAGUCCAAGGUCAAAGAGAGGGAAGUCAGCGAGACGUCCAAGGAAACUUCCAGAAAUUCCAAUUAAGAGAACAACCCCCUCUCCCAGUGUGUCAAAACGUAGCUCAAUGUCUAGUCCAAUGUCAGUAUCUUCAGAGGGGCUCAUGGGAGAGUCAUAUGACAGUACAGUUGGCAUAGCAACCAGUAACCAAUCACUAGCUGAGGAAUUAAGCAAUGCUUCUGGCGUAGGGGACUCUAUGAAAGCAAAUAACAGAAUCUCAAUGAACUCCGAUAUCUCAGACUUUAGUGUAGAUAGUGGACAUGGAAGUGAGCAUACAAUGGAGAAAUCUCAACAAAGAAUACGAACAAUAAACGGAUCUUUCAACAAUAAUGAAUUUGUCUCAUGUGCUCCUGAUCCUGAGUUUAUAGAACAGCAACCCAAAAUAGACACACAGCUAGACCCAAAUGUUCAACCAAGUUUUGAUAGUAGUAGUAAAUCUCAAAGCACAACAAAAGCAUUCCUUAGCUCAAGUAAUCAAUACUUAGUAGAAGAUAGUUCACCUGAUGAAAAACCACAAAAAGUGACUAAUAAAAAGACUCAUAAGGAGAAUCUGACAUCACCAACAUUUCCUGCUAUAGACCCUGAGGUAUAUGAGGCCACACACAGGGUGGUUCAUAAGUUCCUGCCAAGACAUGAUGAUGAAAUGGAACUGGAAAUAGGAGAUCCUGUGUAUGUCUAUGAUGAAGCAGAUGAUCUUUGGUGCGAAGGCGUUAAUCUUCGAACCCAAGAGAGGGGUAUCUUUCCCACUGUUUAUGCAACAGAUCUCAGCUUCUUGGAGGAUGAAGAGGAUCGUAAGGUGAGCCCCAGGAGGUUUUACCUUAGGUUCCUAGGCUCUAUAGAGAUCAACUACCACAAAGGCAAUGAUGUUCUAUGCCAAGCUAUUCACAAGGUUGCUCAUACAAGGAGAAUGACAAUGAAUUCUGCUGUGCCCCCAUUAUGCUCCCUAGAGAUAACAGAAUAUGGCAUCAAGAUGACUGAUAAGACAAAACCACAGAAACCAAAGAAAGCAGAUUCUCCCAGUGCCAAUUUCAACAUUAGAAAGAGAAUAGCAAAGAUUCUGUCAAAGCACAACAAGGCAAGACAUGAUCAUUUCUUUUCUCUGAAGAAUGUCUCAUUUUGUGGCUAUCAUCCAAAGAAUGAAAGAUACUUUGGGUUUAUAACAAAGCACCCUGUAGAGAUGAGGUUUGCAUGUCAUGUGUUCAUAGGAGAGGACUCUACUAAAUGUAUAGCAGAAGCUGUAGGUAAAGCCUUCAAAGCGUUCUUCCAAGAGUACAUGGCGUUCACACAUCCAACAGAAGAUAUCUAUCUGGAGUGAUGUAUGAAUAUGUGUACGUGUUAUGGUUAUAAUGUGAUAUUCCAAGCACAUUGACGCUGAUGUUGAAAGUAAAUAAAGAAUAAGGCUUUGUGGCACAUUGUCACUGUCAGUGAUACAUAGCCAAAUAUUAUUCAAACUCACUUUUGGGAAGCUAAAAAUAUAAUUUAUUUGAAUGGAUGAAAAUGUUAUAAAAGUGGUCAUAAGCUUUAACAAAGAGGUUGAGGAAGGUGUGUAAUCCUUUGUAAUGGCUGAUUCAUUUACAUCCUGUGGAUGUGGACAUACCCUUGCUAAAGUAAAUCAUGAACAAAGUACACGUACAAGACAUAAAUAACAGUUCAUUCGAACUGACUGUAUCAGAGAAUAUUUUUAUAUAUGUCUCUGACUUUAUAUAGAGGGCAUUGCAAUAGGUACAGUAUGAACAGAGUACUGACAAAGACUGAAACACCUUACUAUUACUAUUAGUUAUGCAUUAUCUCUGAUGUGCUUAUAUUCCAUACAACUUACUGUAGUUGUAAAAUGAUAUGUUAUAAGUCUUUUUAGGUUAUAUCUUGGUUUAUUCUCUUUAUCAAAUUUAUAAUUGAAUGAGAGUGGUAUAAACAUUAGUGAAUAUAUUAUAUACAUGGUACAGGAUGGAUUGUGUAUGAUAAUGAUAUACCAUUAUGAUCUCUAUAUCACUGUUCACUCAUCGCAUACAACUAUUAAUUAAAGUCAGAGUUAAUUUUACAUUGUCAUAAGAGGCACCUAUCAAUAUACAUAUAUGGGUGUAAUGAGUAUCAUUGAAGUCUGAUUUGCAUUAUAUCAAAGUAUACACUCACUGAGUUUUGAUCUUACAAUUUUGGGUUUUGUGCAAUUAUUUAUAUUUUAAAUAUUUUAUAUUUUUAUUGUUAAAAUAUCACUUUUUACGUUAUGGAUCCGAAUGUUUUGCAUUACAUGUAAUUUGAUAUUGUACAGGCAGAUAAGUGUUUAGGUUAACAAUAUUGUCUAUCUUGUAAAAUGGUUGCCACUUUAAUUGCUGAAAAUGUUUUUAGGUAUUUUUGGUCGCACUGGAUAAGUGUUCAAUCCAAAUUUUGCUUGAAAUUGUACAGCUACCUUAUUUUAUAAGAUAAUACAAGUCUACAAAAUGGAUUGCAAAGAUUUGAAAUGAUCACACCAAAAUAAAUUCAAAAGUAUUGAUACAUGAUAAAGUUUGUAUUUCAUCAGUAUGAUUAAUAUGAUAGAAAUAUAUUUAAUAAAAGUAA